UUUCUUCUCUCUACACUUCUUUUCUCUUCCUCUCCUGCUAUUAACCAAAAAAAACCCAGAGAGGAACCAAAAAUUCAGAGAGAAAUUGAGAGACAUCCAAGAUCAACUACUCUAGAUUGAUUGAAACUAGAAACUGAUUUAGAGUUUGUAAACCUAAAGUGAUUGAAAACCCACUUUACAGAAGUACAGAAAAAAAAAUUAACCCUUAGAAGAAGAAGAUUGAAUUCGUGGAAUCAAUUUCCUAGAAUUUCUAUAAGGUAUUAAAAACCCCAAUUAGAGAAAUCAAAAUAACUUUGAUUUGUUAACCCUAUUUUUUUUUCCUUUUGAAAUAAGUAAAACCCUAGAAAUUUGGUUUCUUUUUUAUUUGUGUUUGACACUUUCAGAAGAAGAUUGAAGUACAAAUAUUUGAAGAUUCAGUAAAAUAGAACCAACUCGAAGCGGUUCUGAUCCUUCUCGUUCAGCUACUACGUCAUCCCAGAAAACCGUAGCCAGCAAAGGGAUAAAGCUAAAGUACCUUAUCACUGUCAAUUUUGCUGGCAUGGUCAUAGGAGAUAAAAUUGCUACUGGGAGAUUCGCUACUAGGGUUGGAGAGCUCAUACGGAGUCGUGUUCCUAUAUCACACAAGGAGUGGAGGUGUGUGCCGGACAAUUUUAAAGAUGACGUGUGGACUGCUUUGAAGGGUGAGUUUGAAUUCAAUAUGGACCCAGCAUCCUGCCGGAAAACUGUUGAAGCAUCAUUUCCACCAUUUUACAGGCGAUUCAAAUAUGAGUUAAGGAGAGCAUUAAAGCAACGAGUUCUUGCUCGUAACAAAGAGCAAGAAGUAAGUGAGGAACAAGCUGACAUACUCGAAGGAGCUGACAUACCCGAUGAGGUAGAUGAAGAACCACUUCCAGAGCUCACUCCAGAAAUCUGGGAAAGUGCAAGAGCAGAUGUUCCACUUGGGAUUGACCCAUAUAUCUGGGAGGAAUUUGUUGAUAUGGAGAAGAAUCCUGAAAAGAUAGCAAAGAAUAAGGUGAAUGCAGAGAGCAAAUCAAUGCAAACUGUCCACCACACACUUGGGAGAUGCACAUACCAUAACAAGAAGCAUAAGUUAGAUGAACCCGGCGAAGAAGUGGUACCACCUUCUACUACAGAGAAAUGGUUAUACGAACAUGUAAGACGUGACGGGAGUGUCCAUCCUAGUGCAGUUGAAAGCUAUAACAAAGUGAGGUUUAUGAAAGGAACAAAGCAAAAGGAAAGCAUCCCAGCACUAGCAAUGUGAUUUCAGAUGAACUUGAGGAGGUGUUUGGAAAAAAACAAAAAUGGUGGUAUUCGUGGCUACUCAUCUCAUAUGUCAAAGAAGCAAGUUGAAAUGGCAGCAAUUGGAGCUGCUGCCCUUCAGCAAAGAGAUGACGAAAAUGCACUUAAACUAAGCAAAAUUGAAGGUGAAUUGGGGUCCUUGGGCAGCGCAGUGAAGGAGAUUUUGAACUGCCUGAAACGCAAGGAACCUACAUCAUCAGCUCGUGUAGGCACUCCCAGCCCAGAAAAAGAGUCAAAUUCUCUCUUUGGUCACCCAAAUGAUGAUAGCCUGGAUCAUGCCGAUAGUUUAAUUAAUGAGAC